AUGUGGGAUCCCCUGUCAGACUGCAGCCCCCUCAUCAGUGCAGCAGCCUCAGGUAAGCUCCGUCUGGUCCGCCUGCUGGUGGAAGGUGGGGCUCAGGUUAAUGGGUGCAACCCCAGAGGAGAGACGGCUUUGCUGGCUGCCUGUAAGGCCCUGAGAGGGGAGCCUGCUGGGCCUGACACGGAGAAACUCCUCAAAUACCUGCUCCAGAACAAGGCAGAUCCAAACACACAGGACCGCGUAGGCCGUACUGCUCUAAUGUACGCCUGUAUGGAGCGAGCAGGAGCUCAGGUGGCAGCCGCCCUGCUGUCUGCAGGAGCCGACCCCAGCAUGGAGGACUGCUCUGGAGCCUCGGCUUUGGUGUACGCCAUCAAUGCACAGCACCAACCGACGCUGGAGGUGCUGAUGGAUGCCUGUCGGGCCAGGGGUCGCGACAUCAUCAUCAUCGCCACAGAGAUGGGAGUGAAUGGAGGCCAAGUGACCAGACGUUACUUGAAUGUUCCUCCGUCCCCUGACACCUCGCCGGUGCCCUGCAUGUCCCCAUCUGACAUCGUCCUCAAGACGGGCUCACCCAACUCACCCGAGGGGGAAAACAUCUUCAACUUCAGAGGAGCCAGUGACCGACAUCUUUCCUGUGAGCUGGGUCCACUGAGCCAGUGUAACACUCCACCUCCCAGACAGAGGGUGUCAUCUGAACCGUGGCUGGCCAUUCACAACCUGGCCUGUUUGAACAGGGCUUACGAGGAGGGCAUGAGGGAGAGGAGCCUGCAGGAGGGACACAGAGAGGAUUUAAAAAGGGAGGGAGGAGGGUGUGAAGAUGAGGAAGGAAAGGAUGAGGAUGAGGAGUCACCUUUGAGGGAGAGCAUGGUUCACGGGAGGGAUAACAGGCAUGGAGGAGGGAAUUACAACAGCUGCCAGGAGGAUUUCCUUCCAAGGGUCUCUCGGUCAGUCUUGUCCCUCACAGAGAUGAAGAGUUCCUCUCGGGUGACCUCGAGCAGAGUGGUGCCAAAGAGGUGUCUGACACCUGGAGGGUCAACGCUGGACAACAAGACCCAGAAGAGCUCUGUGGAUAAGCUUCCUGCCUGCCCGUCGCCUCACUCCCGACUCCGCAGAAACACCCUCCCCUCUGUCAUAGUGGUCCCGCCUCUGCUUCACCUCCCUCCUUUAGUCAAUCAAUCAGACUCUCACCUACAGAUACCAACACAGGUGUCGCUCUCCAAAAGCAGGAGCAUGGUGUUUCUGCCUCAUCCGCCCAGCUCCUCCACACCUUCCUCUUCAUCCAGAGCAUCUGUAAGACCAUCGCUGCUCCCUCCGCUGCCUCUCUCCUUCUCUGUCACCUCGCUGGUCGCCCCUCCUGCCUCCUGCUGCAGUGAGAGGAGCAGGAGGUCACCGCGUCGACACUCAGUGCAGCUCGAACCGAUCAGAGGAGGAGGGCGGAUGAACCACUUGGGGCUUUGAGACUUCUGUUGGAGGCAACUUUGUCCCUCUGUGAUAAAAUUCUUCUGACACGAGCAUAAAGUUUAACCUCAAAUUAAGCAGCAGCCAGAAUCUGAUGGCAUCUUGAUGAAUCCUCACUCCCACAAAGCCUCGUGAAUCUAUCCCCACAAACGGAGUGCACUUGAGUCUUGAAACACAGUAGAAUUAAAAAAUAAAAAAUAAAAUAAGGAACAAUUUAAAAUAAAAAAAA